UUGGGAUCAAGUAUAAUGCAUGUCGUCUCCUUGGCCGGCCUUUUCCUUUACAACCGGACGCUCGUGUCAGUGUAUAUACCCUACACUCCUCUCUUUUGCUAGAGAACCAUUUUUUAUGUAAUAUGUCUUCUUAUGCCGGAACUAGACCCUGGGUCAGUCGAGGCCGCGUACUAGUCUUGCGACUUUUUCCUUUCUGGCUUUCAUAUAAUUUUAUUUUCUUUUUCGGGUUCAACGACCGAACAGGUCUAGGGGAAAAGGCCAAUUGGGGUCAUCCAAAAUUAUCUUGUCAGCUAUAGUUCAAGAUUAUGAGUAGUCGCUAAAUAGUAAUCCAAAUUAUCCGUCAUGA